GCUGGUGCGCUCAGUAAAUCGUCGCUUAUCGUCGAUACAUCGUCGCUAGUUUCUCGAAUUGAGCAAUGAAUUAUAUUUAAACAUUAUCUUUAAAAAUCACUCUAAAUUUAAUUUCGUGUUAAAUUGUGCAAUAAGUUUAAAAUAUUGAUUGAGAAACGAUAUUCGAGUUUCAAUUUAGAUUCAUUGGAGAGAUAUGCAAUGAAUAAAACAAUGAUAAUAUAACGAAACGAAUCGUUUUUUCUCAGGAUGAUAACCGAAACGAUAAUAAAGAGGAAAAUCGAGGAAAAUAAAUUUCAAAUAUUGUGAAAUCGUUUACGUGCGAAAUAUUCUUUUUAUUGCGAAAUUUAAAGAAGAAUACCCAAGGCGAGAACGGCGAAGAAAAAUCGACGGGAGGAAAGGGGGGGGGGAAAAAAUAUCUCGAUCUCGAAUUGCGAAGAAAUAUCGAAGAAGGCGACGGCAAAAAGAAAGAUCAAGUGUUGUUGAUCUUAAAAUUGAAUAAUGUCUUCCCGUACCAGUUUCUCGUACGGGAUUCCACGACUAUUAUUAUUCGGAAAAGUCGUUCAAGUCGGAUCGGAAGUCGGACGCUUCGAUCUCGUUUGCUCGGAAGCUCUUUCGCGUAAUACAUUUCGUGAUCGUUUGAGAAAGGGAUAAGAUAAGGCGAGACGAUAGAUACGCUCGCCGAGAGAGAAAAGCAAUCGUCUCGCCUCGUCGUUGUAAUAGUUGGAAUUAAAAAAAAGAAUAAAAAAGAUCAGCGAUGAGUCAGAGAAGCGUGUUGCUAGGCCUGCCAGAUGUCGACACGAUAGAUAUCGAGUUCAACGACAUCGCGUAUGAAGUUGACGUUGGUUUAUGGCGAGGCAAGCGGAAAGAAAUUUUGAGGAAGAUCGACGGACGGUUCAGGAACGGGCAAUUGUCGGCCAUAAUGGGGCCCUCGGGCUCGGGGAAAUCGAGCUUGUUGAACGCUUUGACGGGUUUCAAGAGAAAUUGUACGGGCCAGAUCAGAUACAUCGGGAACGGGAAUAAAGAGAUACGGCAAGGUUACGAGAAGCAAUGCUGUUACAUUCAACAGGACGAUCAAUUUUAUCCCCUGUUCACCGUCUCCGAAACUAUGUGGAUAGCGAGCAACCUGAAAAUCGGCAACAAUCUCAACGAAAAAUUCAAGGAGAUAUUGAUCGAGGAGAUAUUGCACGACCUGGAUCUGAGCAAAUCGAGGUAUACGAGGUGCGGGAGAUUGAGCGGGGGGCAAAAGAAGAGGCUGAGCAUCGCGUUGGAGUUGAUCGACAAUCCGCCGAUCAUGUUCCUCGACGAGCCGACCACGGGCCUCGACUCUCAAUCCUGCAACCAAUGCAUCAGAUUGUUACGAAAUCUGGCCAAAACCGGGAGAACCAUCGUCUGCACCAUCCACCAGCCCAGCGCUGUUGUCUACGAGAUGUUCGACUACGUCUACCUUUUGGUGGAAGGGAGAUGCAUGUACAAGGGGGCUACGAGGGACACGAUUCCCUAUUUCGCAAGCGUUGGCCUCCAUUGUCCCAAGUAUCACAAUCCGGCCGAUUUCAUGAUCGAGGUGGUGACCAACGAAUACGGGAAUUUCAACGAUCAAUUGAUCGCGUUGGCAGCAAGCAGGAAAGACAAGUAUUGGCAAACGGAUGCGAUUUCGAGGAAGGAGGAGGAGAAGGAGGAGAAGGAAUAUGGGAAGGAUAUGAAAAAAGUCGUGAUGAUCAGGCAACCCUCGGAAUACGAGAAACUCUUCGUCCUGAUGAAACGUUACACGGUCCAUUUGUUCAGAGAUUGGACCAACAUUUAUUUGAAAUUGGGCAUUCAUUUCUCGAUAGGUGUGCUGCUCGGCUUGCUUUACUUCGGAGCCGGCCAGGACGGGAGCAGAAGUAUCAACAACAUCGGUUUGAUCCAAGUCGUUGUCAUUUAUCUGUGUUACACGAGCAUGAUGCCGGCCGUACUAUUGUUCCCCUCGGAGAUGCCCGUGCUGAAGAAGGAAAGAUUCAACAAUUGGUACAAGUUGAAGACGUAUUACUUGGCCUCGUUCAUAUGCAGUAUGCCCAUACAAAUAAUAUUCUCCGUCGUUUACGUUCUCCCCAUUUAUUUCAUAAGCCAUCAACCGCUCGACGUAAACAGAUUUCUUAUGUUCUUGAUACCGGCAAUUUUGAUCACUCUGAUAUCGGAAAGCGUGGGCCUCGUGAUAGGCUCCGUCCUAAAUCCCGUGAACGGCACAUUUUUUGGCGCCAUUCUAUCAUCUAGCAUGUUGGUCUUCUCGGGUUUCAUGAUCCUUUUUAAUCAUAUGCCACGCAUCAUGUAUUACGUCAGUUACGUAAGCUAUAUAAAGUAUUCCCUGCACGCAAUCAUUCUCGCAAUGUACGACUUCAAUCGGGAGAAAUUGUUUUGCCCCAUUAUAUAUUGUCAUUACAGCAAUCCCGACAAAAUAUUGUCGGAAUUUUUGAUGACGGAUCGCGAUUUUUGGGUUGAUAUCGCGGUGUUGGUCUCCACUUACGUGAUAUUCAAGAUAGUCGGUUAUUGUACGCUCAAACGAACACUUACCAUAUAAGGCAUCGAUCUUUUUCUUUUUCUUUUUCUUUUUUCAAUUGCGUAUAUUUGUUUAAUUAAUAGUAAUUAAUAAUAAUUAAUAAUAAACGAUAAAUAAAUAUUGGCUGUGCAUCGAUUAUAAAAAGCUUAGAAUUUAAUUUCACGUAAAAAGCGUUUUUUCUUCGAGCAUCCGUUUAAGCCGAUUCGACGCGAGGAUGAAAAAAAGAAACGAUCAAUUAGAACGUGUAUUAUAAAACUUGUAUUAUAAAAGUUAAUGUAAUAAUUAUAUAACCCGAUCAGCAAUUUAA